ACAGAGUUGAUCACUGUCCGGAUACCUGAUGGAUGAAUGGGAUGGAUGAUCGAUAACCGAUCAGUUAAACCCGGCGCGCACUCACAGAGCGGAGACUCUGAUCGCUUCAGUAUUGAUGAUCAGUGAACGGUAGGCAGCUGGCAUUGUGAGCGGAGUUGUGCGCUUCCAACAGGACUCUACUUUCUUUAUCCACCCUCGUCCUCCGGGAUGAAGACUCCUCUCAGCCCUUCUCAGCUCCUGGAGAGUGGGCAGAUCUUUGGCUUUGGAGUGAUGUGUCAAGACCUGAUGGACCCGCCUACACCUGCAACCAUCAGUCUCUCUGUCCAGCAGACUCCAUCCUCAGGUCAGGGUGGGGCAUACUCGCUGUGUGAGGUGUGUAACCUCCAGCUGACCUCUGCUGCUCAGGCCCAACUGCACUACAAUGGCAGGUCUCACCUCCGGAGAGUGAGACAGCUCCAGGCUAGGGAGACAGGACAGCAGGCAGCAGGAGCCCAGUCCAGGUCUCUCCCCCAGGUCACAGGGCUCAAUCCCCAGCCAGCAGGACUCACUGGCCUGAGCUCAGGCCUCAGCGCUCCUUCCAGCACGACUGCAGUCGUCUUCAGUGAAAGACGUGCAAGUGCUCAUGAUAGCAAGAGGGGCAUUAAGACCUAA